AUGGCGGAGAUCGAACCCCGCAAGCAGAAGUACCUUGCCUCUAGGUUCCCUGAGACCAUCAUUUUCCAGGAUGUUGGUGACACAGCUCGCAAUUGUGCUCCCACAGCAGAUGGUGGAUCAGCAAAGGUGGACUUGCUGGCUGCCGGCUUUCCAUGUGUCUCUGUCAGCAACCUGACUACGACUCCAGGCUCGGUGAUUGACCCAAGCUGCUCUUCCGGCUAUGGCUUCUUGGGAGUUGAGCGGUAUGUCAAGCGCCAUCGACCAAAGAUGGUUCUUCUAGAAAACGUGCGAUCACUGUUUGAGAAGCGCCAGGUGGAAGGAGGUGAUUCAGCGUAUGAGAUCGUGAGGCGCCGCUUAGCCAAGCUUGGGUACGCUGUGUCCGGCGCCGUGUACAACACUGCAGACUUUGGUUUGCCACAGCAACGUAACAGGGCUUGGUUGCUGUGUGUCUUGGAGUCAGAGCUUGCUACUUCUGAAUCCCAAUUGGAAAAGGACAUGAACUUGUUCAGGCGACAUUGCACUCCUAUGUCCAAGUGUGUAGAUUUGUCGGCCACCUUUGAGAAGGAACCCCAAGAACGGAAACCAGGGAAGCCAGGGAAGCCAGAUGCAAAGUGGAGGGAUGCCUUGGACCAGCAAUUCGAUAUCUAUGGGAAGGUUGCCAUUCUUGCUUGUGCUGUAGAGGAUUUGGCAUUGAAUAAGAAGGUGGAUGCCAUGAAGGAAUUGCUGGUUGUUCAGGAGCUGGCAAGGCUUCAAGGUGUUGGCUGUGUGGAGUGGUCGGACUACCGAAUGGGGGAGGAGUCGCCGGCUUUGAUUCGCUCAUUCAUUGGAAAUGCGUUCUCAGCUCCCAUCAAUUUGGCGGCGCUAGCCAGCGUGCUGGCCAAUUGGAACGCGGAGGCAUCCCAGGUGUGA